CAAAAAACCAAACACUCAAUUUUGCCUUAAAAAGAGCUCCGGGAAGGCUAUAAAUUUUAAGGUGUCAAAAAACCCAAACCUCUGCUUGCCUUUCCCCUUCUUCCGCGGGGCGCCACCACCAUUGUCUUUUCUCGGCAAUAUUCCCUCGGUAGAGAUAACGAAACAGUGGAGGCUGCAGCAGCAGGCGAGAUAGCUUUUGCAACUCCCGUACAAAUACAGCCCUUCUGAAUGGCCCCCACCCCUCACUUACCUAUGGCAAACAAGAUUUCGUCUUUCUUUUAUUAAAAAAUAAUAAUAUAAAACAUAGGAGAAGAUCCACACAUUUCAAAGGCCAACGGCAGCCCUACAUAUCCCUUCCUUUCCAGUCGCCUCCUCCUCUGUCUUUGUUUCCUCAGCUGAUCUCUUUCUCUAUAUUUAUUCAUAUCUUUCUUUUACGUUUUUUUUUUUUGCAUCUGGGUACCUCGGAUUUUACAAGUUUCUUUGGUAAAAUUUGGAUUUGAAUUAACAUUCUGAUUGUCCUGUGGAUUUUUGGAUUCAUUCAAGCUUUUGAUUCUCAUUAGUUUAAAUUUGGAUCAAGGUUGGUUUCUUUUUGUCUUUUGUGCUUCUGUCAAUGGGCGCUUUGGAUGAGGGCCAUUUUUGUGUUGAGCUUGAGAAUGGAAUGAAGCUGGAUAUAAGUGACCUGGGUUUGGAGAAAGAACCAGAGACUAUAGCUAUUGAGGAUGCUGUGAAAGUUCUGUUGCAGGGUUUGGGUGAAGAUGUCAAUAGAGAAGGUCUCAAGAAAACCCCUCUUCGUGUUGCCAAGGCACUUCGAGAAGGAACAAGAGGUUACAAACAAAAAGUAAAGGAUAUUGUUCAGGGAGCUUUAUUCCCUGAAGUGGGUUUCCAUGAUGGAGUUGGUCAUGCUGGAGGAGCCGGUGGGCUUGUGAUUGUUCGAGAUCUUGACCUGUUCUCAUACUGUGAGUCUUGCUUGCUCCCAUUUCAGGUUAAGUGUCAUGUAGGAUAUGUGCCAUCUGGUCAGCGGGUAGUGGGAUUAAGCAAACUCUCCAGAGUUGCUGAUAUCUUUGCAAAACGACUGCAAGACCCACAGCGUCUUGCUGAUGAGGUAUGCUCAGCUCUGCACCAUGGAAUCAAGCCAGCAGGGGUUGCUGUUAUACUCCAGUGUUUCCACAUUCAUUUCCCAAAUCUGGAGUCUGUCUUUCUUGACUCAAAGCAUCAAGGAUGGGUUAAGGUGCUGGUGUCAUCUGGUUCAGGGGUUUUUGAAAAUGAAAAUGCUAUUGCUUGGAGUGAUUUUCUGGGUCUUUUGAAAUUCAGAGGAGUAACUGUGGAGAAAAUUCUAAUUAGGGACUCUAUGGAACAAAGUUGGUGCCCUUCCUAUUCUUCCUCAGUUGCUAAAAUUUCACCUCAGUUAGUAGCACUCAACCCUGGAAUGGUUGCUGCAGUAGCUACAAUACUCAGAUCUUUGGGUGAAGAUCCAUUAAGGAAAGAGCUUGUAGAAACUCCUACCCAUUUCGUGAGGUGGUUGAUGAACUUUCAGAAUACAACCUUGGAGAUGAAGCUGAAUGGCUUUGCUUGUGGCAGAACAGAACUAAAACCUAGCAGGGAAGUCUGCUCCCACAAUAAUGAACAGAUGCAUUCUGAGUUGAAUCUAUCAUUCUGGUCUCAAUGUGAGCACCAUCUACUUCCUUUUCAUGGUGUGGUCCAUAUUGGAUACUUCUGUCCUGAAGGAUUCAAUCCCAUUGGAAAGUCCCUUUUGCAGUCAAUAGUACAUUUUUAUGGUUUUAAGCUCCAAGUACAAGAAAGACUCACCAGGCAAAUAGCAGAGACGGUUUCAUCAAUCUGUGGAGAUGUUAUGGUGGUUGUGGAGGCUAAUCACACCUGUAUGAUUUCUAGAGGGAUUGAGAAGUUUGGCAGUAACACGGCUACCAUUGCUAUGCUAGGUCAAUUUUCAACUGAUCCUGGUGCUAGGGCUAUGUUUCUGCAGAGCAUUCCAAACAGUACUACAUCUGGAAUAUUGUAGUUAUAACCUGAAGUACUUUUUCAGAGGUCAUUUCUUUGCCUCGGUUCAUCCUUUUUCAAUCUGCAGCAGUGCAGAAAAUGAUAUAUUUUAUGAUGUAUACUUUCUUCAUGGAUUACCAAAAUGCAGCCUGGGUUUGUUCCAGUAGAUUAUUGGCGGCAGUUCCAUUUAUUUGCAGAAGGUACAACAAUUGAGAUUCUUUUUUUCCUCGCCAUCGGUAGCAUAAAUCCUCAAGAUUUUCUGGGGUGAGUCAUUGAUUCCAUUAUUACUUUUCGGGGCAUACUCUCGUGUCUUUUUUUUUUUUUUUUUAAAGAUUUCCAUGUAACAAGCUAGUUGUUGAAAUUUGUACACCAUUAGAAAACAUGGAAAAUAAAAAAUAUAUUAAGGUUAAAUUUCUCA